UAGAAAUUAGAUUUCAUAUCGGUGACUGCGUAUCAGAUCAUCAGAUACAGACAUGGCCUCCCAGCUCCAGGUGUUCUCCUCUCCCUCGGUGUCAUCCAGUGCCUACUCUCGCUCAAAGAGGCUGAAGGUAGAAAACCCUUCCUGGGAUGUGAACAACCAUCUGGGAGAUAAUGGUUAUUACCAGCAGAGCCCUAGUCAGCGGUCUUCACCCUCCACUUCUGGGUCCAAUUUCAACACAGUGUACAACUCAAAUCAGUUGCAUCCACCGACGGUAGGCUCCCGGGAACAGACAGUAGUGCGGGCGGCAGACAGCACAGGCAGCCUUCGUGGACCACCCUCCUCUUCAUCGUCAUCCUCUUCUUCUAGUCGUCGUAUCAAGGAUGCAGAGUCGUCUACCCAGCCGUGCGACCUGUAUCACAAGCAGUUCAGCCUGAAGCGGAAGAGUGAAGAGGUGGACAGCAGUGACAGUGUCCAGAUACUGGAAGAACUCUCAGCCCCUGUGGUCUCAAACCGCACCGGUGGUGGAGGGGGCACCACCACAGCCCAGUCCAUAGCACAUUCUACUUCUACCGCUAAAAGCAACAACUCUCAUAGUGAGGGAGACUACCAGUUGGUGCAGCACGAGAUUCUGUGUUCAGUGUCCAACAGUUAUGAGGUGCUGGAAUUCCUUGGUCGUGGCACCUUUGGCCAGGUUGCAAAAUGCUGGAAACGUGGCACAAAUGAGAUAGUAGCAAUUAAAAUCUUGAAGAACCAUCCCUCCUAUGCCCGGCAAGGUCAGAUCGAGGUGAGCAUUCUCAGCAGGCUAAGCACAGAGAAUGCUGAUGAAUUCAACUUUGUUCGUUCAUAUGAGUGUUUCCAGCACAAGAAUCACACCUGCCUUGUGUUUGAGAUGCUGGAACAGAACUUGUAUGACUUCUUGAAGCACAGCAAGUUUAGCCCUCUGCUGCUCAAGUCCAUCCGACCUGUUCUGCAGCAGGUAGCCACAGCAUUGAUGAAACUGAAAAGCCUGGGACUAAUCCACGCUGACCUGAAACCUGAAAACAUCAUGCUGGUAGACCCUUUGAGACAGCCAUACCGAGUGAAAGUCAUUGACUUUGGCUCAGCCAGCCAUGUAUCCAAAGCAGUUUGCUCCACUUAUCUGCAGUCACGCUACUAUAGAGCCCCAGAGAUCAUUCUGGGCCUUCCUUUCUGUGAAGCUAUCGACAUGUGGUCAUUGGGCUGUGUCAUCGCUGAACUGUUCUUGGGAUGGCCCCUCUAUCCUGGUGCCUCAGAAUAUGAUCAGAUUCGCUACAUUUCCCAGACCCAGGGCCUUCCAGCAGAAUACUUGCUGAGUGCAGGAACAAAAACGAGCCGCUUUUUCAACAGAGGCCCUGACUCAAGCUACCCCCUCUGGAGACUUAAAACACCUGCAGAGCAUGAGGCAGAGAUGGGCAUUAAAUCAAAGGAAGCAAGAAAGUACAUCUUCAACUGUCUAGAUGACAUGAUGCAGGUAAACAUGACGAGCCUGGAGGGAACUGACAUUUUGGCAGAGAAGGCAGACCGCCGGGAGUUCAUUGACUUACUGAAGAAGAUGCUCACGCUAGAUGCAGACAAACGCAUCACGCCAAUGAAGACCCUCAACCACCCCUUUGUCACCAUGACUCAUCUACUACACUUCCCUCACAGCUCACAUGUGAAGUCCUGCUUCCAGAAUAUGGAUAUAUGCAAACGCAGAUGCAGCGCCUUUGAGAACGGGAAAAAUUUGUUUGCCAGUAACAACAACCCCAGUGCAGCCACCAACCUUACUGUAACCUUCAGUAGCCAACUAAACCAGCACAACCAGAUGGCCUCCACAGGUGGCCAGUCCCUGUCCCUGAGCAGUAAUGUACCAUUGUUGAACUACCAGCCCGGCCUUUACCAGCAGGCCACCAUAAACAUCCCAGGCCUCGCCCAGCAGAGCGUACCUCUGCAGACCAGAACCACCCAGCUGUGUGCCCAGACAGAGCCAUUCCAACAGACGCUUAUUGUUUGCCCACCCACCAUUCAGGGUCUUCAGACAUCAAAUAAGCACUCAGGAUACCCCGUGAGGAUGGACAACUCUGUCCCCUUAGUUCCUCAAAACCAGUCCUCCCAACCUUUGCACAUACAGCCCAGCAUGUUGGCACAGGCCUCCUUCAACCCCCUGAUGGUAGCCAACCUGUAUACCCCAGUGGCGGGAAUGCCUCCAUUAGGCUCGGUCCCUCUGGCACUGGGUUGUGGGGCUAGAAGCCCCGGCGGCUUACUGGAUCAGAAUACCUCCCUGCUGCAGGGCUGGCCAGCAGGCACCCAGCAGAUCCUCAUUCCUUCAACAUGGCAGCAGAUGCCAGGCAUGGCCAUUCACAACCCUGGCCAGACUGUGGUUCCUGACUCACCCAUGGGCCCUCCUCUCUCUGACAGCCAGCAGACUUCCAGCUGGAGGGGACGUCAUGGCAGCCAGUAUGACAGCCUCAACCAGCAGGACUCUGGUGGGAACCGUCAUGGCACUUCCCAGAACCACAACUCAGGAGUGGCUCAUUCUAGAUCCCAACAGGGCAAGAGGAGCAAAGCUCGACAUGCAGACAGUAGGGCCAGGCCAGUGUCGUCACUCCAGUCGGCUGCCACCGUGGUUCACAAUUCUACCACCUUUGCUGGUGAUCAGUCUCAGCCAAUCAUCAUCUCUGAUACUCCUAGUCCAGCGGUCAGCAUCAUAACCAUCCACAGCGAUUCAGAGGAUGAAGAUGACAGGAAGUUCCCCCCUGCAUGCUCUGGAACGAGCCAGCGGACUAACGUGAUUAGCUGUGUGACGGUGCAUGACUCUCAUGACUCAGACUCCUCCACCAGCAGCCCUCUUAGCCCUAAGGCCAGCUCACAGCCUUCCAAGUCUCUGGCCAUCAUUAUGCCCUCUGUCAAGAGCCAGCCUGGAGAGAGCUCAGCCCACAAAGCCCCUGCGGCACCAGCUCAACCUGCAAGUGGCUGUGGUAAGUCCAAAAAGGGAUCAACUCAACAGGCCAACCACUCAGGGGAUUCCAGCACUGAUCGCCAUCAGCGGGCUGCAGCCAGCAGAUCUCAACCUCUGAACCUGAGUCAGGUACAACAGUCUGUGAUGGCAUCAUCACAUGAUCAAAUGGGAGGCAACAAUUCGUUGAGGCGGCAGCCAACAUACCCCCCUCCUGUUUCCUCUCACUCAUCCUACCGGCUUAAUGAGUCCUCUUUUUUCAGCUCCACCCCCAACCUGUAUGCCUACCCGGCAUCAGCUGCCCUGGCCUCUGUGUCCCAAGCUGUGGACCAGAUGCAAGGGGGCUCAUCCCGCCACAGCAGGGCAAACAGUGCUUACACUUCCCUGGGGCUGCUACAGAAGAACAGCAGCCUGGCCCUGGUGGGUCAUGCUCCAGGACAGUACAGCCACCAUCAACAACAGCAGCAGCAACAACAACAGCAGCAGCAGCAACAACAGCAUCUGGGUGGACAACCUUUCCACCGCUCCAGUGCUACCUACCAACGCAAGCUCAACCAGUACCCCUACCUGUAAACACAGGCACCUGACUGAGAC